AUGGCUUCUAACUUCAAAGAGCACAUCCCAAACAUGAUUGACAGACAGCUGUUGGUCUGGUAUAAGAAGUAUCCCAACAAAGCAGCCAUUCCUGCAUCGGUUAACGAGAAUAUGAUGAAGAAAGUGACGAAUAAGGCCAGAGUUCACGGCGCGCUCCUUAUGAUGGCCGCCACUGCCAUCGGCUUCUUCUUCACCGCUAUCGCCGGCAAGAGAGCCAUCGAAAGGGGAGAAUCAGUCAAUCAAAUCAAUAUAGACUUUCACAAGAAUUAUGACCACAAGAAGUAG